AUGGCAAAAACAGUUAUAUCAAUACAUUGAACUGAAAGAAGUCUCCAGGGAACUAAUUGCAGGAGAAAAAUGAAAACUUUUAAUUCAGUUUAUAAAGUACAAGUCUGAACAAAAUGACAGCACAUCAGCAUAAGAAAAUCACUUUCUGUGCAAGAAAGGUAAAAAAUUACAAUUUUCCUUUAGGACUGAAGUUUCAGGCUUAGCCACAGCAAAUCUUAUUUCCUUGCUUUGUUCCAAGCAUACUGUGUGAUUGGCAAAAUCUGCUGAAAUCCUAGCCAAAUCUCAUGGGAUUUUAUUAAAGAGAAAAUAUAGCAAGUCAUCCUAACGUUGCAAAUGACUCAUCGGUCGCCGUAGGAAAUGCACCCCUGAGACAGGCAUGCCGCUGAUGAGGAAGCGAUGAGGCCGCCAGGCCACUCCCCCAGACAAUUUUGCUUGAGGAGCUCAGCCUUCAUAAAGAACGUCUCUCCAGACACUACGUUAUUUUAUUCUUUAUUUCACAGAGGGAGCACAGAAGCUGCAAGAAGGGCAGUGCGAAGUAACAGCAGAAACUUCACAGCCAGUUGUUUUUGUACAGGAGAAGCAAAUAGGAGAUCAUGAGAAACCUUUAAAGUUCUUGGGACAAGAAUGGAGGAGAUCUGUUCUCAGGAUGGGAUCAUGGUCAUGAACAAGUUGCCCCAGAAAACGGGAAGUGGAGCUUGUCAAGAUCCUGGCCGCUUUGGAGCGGGGUUCUAGGAUGUGGUUUCGGAGGGGAAGGCACAUAAGGAAGGCAAGCUUCAGAAACUGCUGGAAAUGAACGGACAUACGCCGGUGCCACAUUCCUAUGACUAUGAUCUCAUUGUCAUUGGUGGGGGCUCAGGUGGUCUGGCAGCUGCCAAGGAGGCUGCCAAAUAUGAAAAGAAAGUGAUGGUGCUGGACUUUGUCACACCUACGCCUCUGGGAAACUCAUGGGGUCUUGGAGGAACAUGUGUAAAUGUGGGCUGUAUACCUAAAAAAUUGAUGCACCAGGCAGCUUUACUGGGACAAGCCUUGCAAGAUUCACGCAAAUUUGGAUGGCAGUUUACAGAAGAAGUCAAACACAACUGGAUGACUAUGACAGAAGCUGUUCAGAAUUACAUUGGUUCACUGAACUGGGGCUAUCGGGUUGCACUGAGAGACAAGAAAGUCACAUAUGAGAAUGCAUACGGAGAAUUUGUUGGGCCACACACAGUUAAGGCAACAAAUAAAAGAGGAGUUGCAAAGCUGUACACGGCUGAGAGAUUUCUCAUUGCCACUGGUGAACGGCCACGCUACCUGGGUAUACCUGGAGACAAGGAAUACUGCAUUAGCAGUGAUGAUCUUUUCUCUCUGCCUUACUGUCCAGGGAAAACCCUGGUGGUUGGAGCUUCGUAUGUUGCCUUGGAAUGUGCAGGAUUUCUUGCAGGUCUUGGAUUAGAUGUCACUGUAAUGGUGAGAUCCAUUCUCUUAAGAGGAUUUGACCAGGAUAUGGCAAGCAAAAUUGGUCAAUAUAUGGAAGAACAUGGAAUCAACUUUAUUAGGGAGUUUGUGCCGAUCAAGGUGGAGCAAAUUGAGGAAGGAACUCCUGGAAGAUUGAAAGUUAUAGCCAAGUCCACCAAAGGGAACCAAAUAAUUGAAGGGGAAUACAAUACCGUGUUGCUAGCAAUUGGAAGAGAUGCGUGCACAAGAAAAAUUGGUUUGGACAAAGUUGGAGUGAAGAUCAAUGAAAAAACAGGAAAAAUUCCUGUCAACGAUGAGGAGCAAACAAACGUGCCGUAUAUCUAUGCUGUUGGAGAUAUACUGCAGGACAAGCUGGAACUCACACCAGUGGCAAUCCAGGCAGGAAGGUUGCUAGUUCGAAGGCUUUAUGCUGGGGCAGCCAGUAAGUGUGACUAUGUGAAUGUUCCAACCACUGUAUUCACUCCUUUGGAGUAUGGAGCCUGUGGGUAUUCUGAAGAGACUGCGGUGGAGAAGUUUGGGGAGGAAAACAUUGAGGUAUACCACAGUCAUUUCUGGCCACUGGAAUGGACUGUGCCAUCCAGAGACAACAACAAAUGCUAUGCGAAGAUAAUUUGCAAUAUUCAAGAUAAUGAGAGAGUCAUUGGUUUCCAUGUCCUUGGUCCAAAUGCUGGAGAAGUCACCCAAGGGUUUGCAGCUGCUAUUAAAUGUGGGUUGACAAAAGAACAGCUGGACAGCACCAUAGGAAUUCAUCCCGUCUGUGCAGAGAUAUUCACCACUCUGUCCGUGACUAAGCGUUCCGGUGAGAACAUCCUUCAGGCUGGAUGCUGAGGUUAAAGACCCCCAUUCGUGUUAUUGCCAGAGACUGACUUUCAUCGCAGUGUCUGACUUCUGCAGUUCAGAAGGAGGGUUUGGGAAGAAGUCAUCCCCGGUCGUCUGAUGAAGCAUGUAGAUCAGAACCAGAGCGUCCCCUCACGCUGAGGAGAAGAGCGCUGUGGGAGUUGGUCACUUGCGGUGAUAGGCUGGCAAUUAGCAACGCAAUGGGAACAUUGGCUCUCGAGCUGUUGCUUAGCAGGGCAUUUAACAAAUGCUUUCAUGAAAUCAUAGCCUGAAACCUGCGUCGUCUGGUGGGCAGUGAUGGAAGGACUGCUAGCGCAGCUGGACAACAACCGUUCUGGUUUUAUUCCUUUCUGGUUUCUUUUCUGAACAAAGAACUUCCAAGCUCAAGCAAACUACCACAGGUUCAAACAAUUGUAUAGUGCCCCUGUGUACUAGGUUACAACACAGCAAUUGCAAGGUCUCCUCGUGAGCACGCGUGUUAGCAGCUCACACGCUUACAGAGAGAAAUUGAACCACUCCGGCUUUCCUUCAGAUCCAUGGGCCUGUAGAAUAAAAUAAAACUACCAAAUAACAACCCCCCCUCCACAAAACAAACAAACAAAGAAGCAAACACCUCCAAAAACCAGCAGUGAAAAACCUUCUAUGUAGAUGUGGCCAAAAAGCUCUAUUUAGUUCCAUGUAUGCUUUGUUUUCGAUGUAAUUAAGAAAACAGUACUUUUAAAACAGAGGUUUCCGUGGAAAAUAACAAAAGUACUUUCUUGAACAUUCCUCCUGUGUUGGAUAAACUGCAUACAUAUUUAUCAAGAAAUGGUAAAAAUGUCUCUUUGUAAUGGAAAUGAAUGUGGGUUUUGAUCUGUUGUUUUCAUUUCCCUCUCUUGUAGCAGAAAGGCUCGGAUUACUUUUAUUAAAUGGUUCUCAGGAGUUCAGUAGUGCGGUGCGAAUAAGGGGUAAAUUGUCCAGGGCUCUGGGCAAAACGCCUUAUGCGUAAAUUUCUACCCGGUAGCAAAUUCAUGUAUUUCUACUGAGUUGUCUAGAAUAGUGUUGCAAGUUAUUUUAUAAACUUAUAUGUAACUGAAGGAUUUUUAAAUGUUUUGCAUGGUAUCGAGAAUGGUCUGUGGUGGUAUUUUUCUGGCCAGUUUAUUAAAUAAAUGGAAUAUUUGCACAAACA